CUUAAGCAAUUAUAUCCAAUGACUUUUCCAUAUUGUAGGUUAUGGAAAGGAAUGAAACUUCAUGCGUUGUGAAGAAAAGGGUAAAUAAAACUAGGAACAUAUAGAACCUAGGCAGCUGCCUUACGGUGAGCCAGCAUUGUCCACACUGACUGGCAGCAGCUCUCCAGGGUUUCAGGCAGACUCUUUCUAUCCCAGCCCUAUCCGGAGAUGCCGGGGGUUUAACCCAGGGCCUUUUCCAUGCCAAACAGCCGCUCUGCCACUGAGCUACAGCCCUCAAAAGGCUCAAGCGCCUGCGGGGCCUGCUUGGCGGCAGGACCACCAAGGUCACCCCUUUAGGGGGUCCUUCCAAAUCUUUGUGGAAGUGCCCCUGCUUCAGGUGGAGGAGCCAGAAAGUCACGCCAGACAGUGAAGCCAAGCCAGAACUGCCAUCUGAGGAGUUCAUCCCCUCGCCUGAUCCUGAACUGAUACGGGAUGAACGCUUUAUGAUGUGUGUUUCCUCUACCUGUGGAGAGGCCUGGGCCAGGGGGCAGGACACCAUGCCCUAUAACAAGAAUGGCGUGGCUCAGGCCAUUGUGCCCAUCAUAGAGAAGUGGGACAUCUUCCCCCCGACACUGACACUGGCAAUGGAAGCCAUUUACAACCUCAGCUUCAUGAAGCCGCCCUUGCGGACAGAGAACAGAUCUCUGAUCAUCAACAUUGCAUUUUAUGCAACAUACAAGAUGACAGAGCGUGGCGAGGAUGGCAUGGAGGAGGUCAAAGAGAUGUUUCUGUUAAUGUUGAAGGGCCUCCUAGCAGAGGCCCCAACCGUGGGAACUCUUUCCAGCAUUGUUGAAGACCUCAGUUUUUACGUGUCUGCAAGAGAGAAUGGGGAGGAAAACGACCUGGCGGCCAGCAGCCUCCAGUGGUUGCUGGCCCAUUCAGUGACACUGCCAAGUCUGAACCUGGAGUCUGUUAAACGGUUAGUCCCUCCGGAGCUGUCCUGGAUGUGCCCGAGAGCCAAGGAAGAAGAACUUCAAAUGGAAGAUCUAGAAUAGAUCGAGAGAGUGGACAGCGGUGGAGGGACCUUUGUUUGUGUGCUUUUUGUUUGAGUUUUUGUUCUUGA